UAGUACCGGCCCCACAGGAUAACACUCACAGUGACCUCUUUUCACGUCUUCUCCUGAAGAACCCACCAGAGACAACAUACAUACAACAACUGAUUAGCUUGACAGCAGCACAGCAGCGUCGUUGUAGCAGAGAUGAGCGACAAAGGAGAGGACGGAAAAGGGAAAGAGUCACAUGCCCACCCCAAGCAGGCUGAAAUGUCGGAAGGAGAUAAUACUGGGAAUUUGUUCGCGGAACCCAAACGAGACGUGUCUUACCCCCAUGGAGGAUCUGAAGCGGACGCACUGGCUGCCUAUGCUGCGCAACCUCCUCGACUGCACUUCUUGCCAACUGGCAAGGAGCGGAGACAACGUGGAAUUGAAGACGUCAUACAGAGUACCGUUAUACCUGAAGGAGAUGGUCAGACUACAAGCAGAUCUGUGAACCAGUCUGCCGAGUCACUGCCUGGCGCCUUUCCAGCCGGACCUUCGAGGCCCUUCGCAGCGACGGCUCCAUUGCCGGUGGAAGCCACGGGGCAACCCACCGAUCAUUCUGUGCCAGAUGCAAACGCCACCAUUCCAAUCCCAGCCUCUGAGCCGCACCUUGUCCACGCUUCUUUGGUUCCUGAUGCACCCAGCGAGAAUAGCAACGAUGAUGUGGUGGUGGAAGCUGAAGCAGCCAAGUUGUGCGAUUUAUUGGAAAAUCAACAAAUGCGUCUUUUCUUGGGAGCCUUAAUUUGUCUUGCUGCGGUAGGGAUUGUUGCAGCACUGGUGCUCCCAACAUUGCUGGCUGGUCCCGACCCGACUAUCAGCCCCACACCUAUUCCUUCCACCAGUCCUUCCAUCAGCCCCAGCAGUGCACCAACUGGGGAGCCAUCAGAGGCACCCACAGCCAGCUCAUUCGAGCCUUCUGCCGCUCCCACAAUCUCUGCAGCUCCCACCAAUGCCCCCACGCUUGCGAUUUUCCCGGAUCAUUUGCCUGAUUUUACCAUUGAUGCCCUAACCAACGAAGCAAGGCCUCAGUAUAAAGCAUUGGAAUGGGUGAACCAACAUGAAUCACUCGACGAACUACCCGAGUGGAGGAAGUUCCAGCUGUAUGCCAUGGCAACCUUUUAUUAUUCAUACGAUGGAACCGACUUGCUGAAUCAAAACGUUUCGGAAUGUUUUUGGACGGGAGCUAUUGACUGCAAUACAGAGGGCAGAAUUGAAAUGCUGAGCAUUUCACAAGAGACAACCAAGGGCUUCACUCCACCAGAAGUUGCACUUUUGACGUCCCUGAAAUACUUGGGUUUCUAUUCCAUGUCGCUGUUUCGAACUCCAGCAGAAGUUAUCCCUCAACAACUGGCACUGCUAAGCAAUCUGACAACUGUUUAUGUUGUUGACAGCAAUCUGGAUGGGACACUGCCGAGCUACUUGAGCGAGUUUCAGCAGUUAGAAAGCUUUUCAAUGGCGCAAAACAAGGACAUACGAGGAAGAAUACCUUCGGAGCUUGGACUCUUGACAAAUCUCAAAUAUCUUUCUUUGAGAGGAAAUCGAAUCUCUGGAGAGGUGCCAAGUGAACUGGGUAUGCUUUCCUCUUUGGUUGAGUUGGAACUUGAAAACACAAAUUUGCGGGGGACCCUUCCCACAGCCAUUUGCAUGAUUCCAAACCUUACCAAAUUGUCCACGGAUUGCUCCCGAAUCUCAUGUCCUGUACAGUGUCCUUGCAAAUGCGACGCUGUCACCCCGGCACCGCGGCCCCAAGACUCUGCGGGAUAUUCUAAGAGGCUUCACUGGCAACAAAUUGUGGGGGGAGUUGUUUUGGCAGGUAUCCUGAUGUUGUAGAAAGCUUUUCUAGCAGGAAACUUCAUAUCAGUGUGACAGAGUGAUGGCUCUGUGUCGAACCAAUAAUGAGCCAUGCAUUGCAUGGAUCCAAAGAAACAAUGGGACGAAAUCAUUGAGAAGAAGAAGGUGCCUGGGUACAUACAUAUAUAUGUAUGGAGUGACUUUCAAAACAACAAGGACACUAAUAGAGGAAAAAUUCCGUCCGAGCUUGGACUCUUGACAAAUCUCAAAACUCUUUCUUUGGGAGGGAAUCGAAUCUGCCAAGUGAACUGGGCAUGCUUUCCUCUUGCUGUGUUGGAACUUGAAAUCACAAAUUUUCAGGGGGCCUACAGCCAUUUGCAAGAUUCCAAAUCUUAUUUUAAAACUGUCCACGGAUUGCUCUCGAAUCACAUGUCUUGUAGAGUGUCCUUGCAGAUGGGACACUGUCACCCCGGCACCGGGCCUGAACUCUGUGGCCCAUUUGAAGAGGCUUCGGUGGCAACAAAUUGUGGGGGAGUCGAGUCAUUUUGGCGGGUACCCCACAGGAAACCUCACAUCAACAUGACAGAGUGAUGGCUCUGUGUCCAACCAAUCAUGAUCUAUGCAUUGCACGGACACAAAAAGAAAAUACGGGACGAAAUCAAGCGAGAAGAAGCACCAUGCCCACGUUCAUGUGUCCUGUACAAAAGGAGGCACAAUGCCCAUGCACUUCUCUAGUUUAACCUACAUUACAAAGCCCCCUCAUGAAUCCAUCAUAGCACAAAAGUACAUUGACGCUACUCUGAUUCUGAAAUCAAUCACCGUUGAGACUGCUUCCUGUGAAGUGAGAUUGCCUCUUCGAGCUUUGGAACCAUGUUGUUUUCCACAUGCUCGUUCACCCAACAAUUGCAAUAUCUUCCACUUUCAUCUACGAAAGGGUUCACAUUGUUGGGUCUCUCCUUGUCGUCAAUCCAUUGGGUGGAGUCUGGGCACACAAAUCCAAGUGGACAUUUAUGCUUGGAAUUGGAUUUGCACAUAUCAUUCCGGUAAAUUGUUUCAUGAGGAAGUACUGACCUUGCAUGUAUGAGUGUGCCUUGUGUCAAUUCGUCGAGAAAUACCUCUUUAGUGCUGCCAGCCACUUUCCAAUCCAAUAGUGGGGAAUCACUAUUCACAUUUGACUGGUUCCUCCAGGACAGAGCAAUAUCCUCUGUAACCGUAGAGUAGUGCACGUAGUGACUCAGCACGUAAGAUGGUCGGUAGAUUUGUUUCAUGGCCCUAGCAAAUCUCGAGGGCCUUGGCGGUUUGAUGUAGUCACUGGCAGAUGCAAGAAAAGGCGAUAUGUGAGCAGAUGCUGAUGGGCG